CGACAAACGCCUACGGUCCGGGGAUACACAUGCGGAACUUUUUCUGCCUGCAGCUUGUGCUGUUCUCGUUUCUUGGAUACCAGAUCGCUAGGCUAAGGUCACUCGCCGCCCCGUUCGCAAUUGUCUUCGCCUGUAUAAACGCUGCGCCGACAGCCUGGAGGUUUUUGCAACGGUGUCCGGUUGGGGAACUGAGUUGUUUGGCAUUUUUAUCUACUCGUGACGAGGACAGGGACAAGGUAGUGGCAGCGGCUAAAAACUCGGCGAGUGAGACGACAGGUUCUUGUAACACAACCACCAAGAAAAAUCGGGUAAGUACGCCGACUGUGAACAAAACGGCGCGCCAGCAACCUUUGCUGCGAGGUGGACCUCCACCUCCGAUGAAAAAUACAAGAAAGGACACUUCUGCUGCGCAAGCGCAACAUCAGGGUCCACUGUCCAGAAAAAUAACUGUCUAUUGCCAAACCGACCCGGUGACCGAAUCUGUAAGUUGUUGCGCCUCGCGGGUAAGGCGCGCCGCGUUUGGCGGAAGGAUAGCCAGCAUCCUCUGCAGCAAAAACGGUAACGGAGGUGAUGAAAAUAACAGCAACUUCCUUGUGCCGAAAAAUAGUAGAGCCACACUCUGCACCUUAGCAGCCUUACUAAGUAAGAUUCGACGCCUGGUUUCCUUCGUCCUGCUUGCGGCCUCUUGCUACGGGUUCUUUCUCUACGCAAAGCUCACGCUUUCCUGGCUGCCCUGCGGCCUACCCACGGACAAAAACGAAAACCACGUUUGUGGAAGGGCUGUGAGCUACGUCUUCAGCGGCAGCAAAGACAUUUUAGAACUCGCUGGGUACAUUAAUCAGCGCAUUGUCGAUAGUCGUGAAGAGCUUGAAGGUAUUAAUGUUGGUUCUCCUGCUCUUGAGGCUGCAGCUGCACAGGAGCACGCGCAUGUCAAUCGUCUGCACACUCACACGACCUCUGGGAAAAUAAAGCGAAUCAUGUGGAAUCAGAACGGGUUUGAUUUCGUGAUUCCAAGCACUUCAACUGCGUUGCAGCCAGCAAGGACAAGCAGAAGCGCGAACAUAGUACCGCGGCCCUCUCCCGCUACCACAUCCAUCGCUCUACCGUCGAGCCCAAGGCCUUCUACUUCCAUAGCCGGUUCGAUGAGCACUCUGGGCGCCCUACGGCAGUUCACCAAGGCGCCCCUCAUCGUGCACCCCCACUACGAGUCGGAGGAGUUGCGGCGCCGGGUGCAGUUUCUCUACUCCGGUCUGUACCACUGCACCACCCCGGAGGUGUUUUCCUACCAAAUCAUGAAACCGCUGCACGCGCGCUUCGUGGUGAUUGACAACCGGCGGUGCUUCUUCACGCCCUUCCUCGUCGACGAGGAGUAUUCCUCGAAAAUCAAAGGCUCGAAUUGUGACAGGAACACGGAAAAGCAGUUUGGGAAAGUACUAGACGCGGAAACGGGGGAAAGGGAGAAAGUGGACCAGUUUUAUGACAGUGCACAACCCCCCCUCCCCCUCCUUUGUCUUGCAAAAUACCAAACUCGCGCCUUGCUCGUAAGCGCUGCUAGCAUGACAAAUUUUGAAACCUCAAAUAGUACUACAAUCCGCAUGCAGAUUUGUCAUGCGAAAGCCGCUUUUCUGCUGUUUCUUGUGUUGCUGUUCAUGCAACACAAAUGAGGGGGAAGGGGAUGGGGAGUUGUGCCCUGUCAUAAGUUUGCCCUGGUCUGCCGAAGCCUGUUCUUCAAUCCCCUCCACUUCCGGUUCCGCUUUGCGAACACGGCGUAUUCGCUUUUUGAACGGGUUUCCCCGGACGAGGGCGUGCAGACUGUGAACAAUCCAAGUAGUGAAGUCGGAGCUCCUUCCGGUGGAUCAAUACCGGUUCCGCAACCCUCCGCAACCAGCUCCACAACUACUUCCUCAACAAGUGCUGCAAGCACAACUUCCCAGCGGAACUACCGGUCGUAUCGGCGGGUUGUUACGACAAGGUCCUCUGCUUCUGGAGGUGGCAGGGAGGACGACGAUGAUCUCGGCUGGGACUCAGCGGGAGUUGACGAAGAGAUGACGUCUAUUGCGACUGAAAGUCCACCGCGCUCCAGUAGUGCUCUCGAUGGCAGUGCGAUCGACGGUGAGGUGGAAAAUGUCAAGACAAGCCGGAAUAAUGACGCGCCGUCAUCGAGCGGGGGAACUACACGACGAGCAGCGCCUCCGACACGAACUACGCAGACAAUUACAACAACCCGCGGGCCGCGGAUGCAGAAGUUCAUCGAGAAGCAGUUGGUUCGUGAGCGCAAAGAGCGGCUCAAGUAUGAGAAGAAGAGGGAGAAACGACGAAAACAAGCAAAAAAGAGCACCUCCACGAGCGGUGGCGUAUUGGCAGACUCCUCCACCUUCCCUUUUUUUCUCGACUCCUUCACUUCUACCCUGAGUUUAGAGGAGUCCCUGCUCUCCGAAGAUUACUGGGCCGCGAUUAUUCAGGAGUCGGAUGCCGAUUGUGCCAGCUUCGCGGAGCUGGCGCAGAUGUGGUUCAGCCCCGACUCACGGGAGAAAAGUCCGCACUUGAAGCAGAUCGGUAUUGCGUUGAUGGACGCCUUGGAGAAGCAAUUCGCGAGUACUUGUGGGAGAGAUCCGCUCGUCGUGUUUAUGAAAGGUCGGUAUCUAGAUUACAACUUCAAAAACCAGAAACAGGCUGAGAAAAAGUACGGGGAGGCGUUUGAGAUGAUACAUCAACAAAGAAGCGGACUUUUGGAAAAAACAGCACACCACCGCAGCAAAUCUAGCUCGCGGUUAUCAAAAAAGCAGCAGCACAGUGAAGUGAAGAAGCAAGUGGCACGGAUUGUGAACGACAUCGCGGUGCCACUGCCGGUGUUUGGAAGUAGGGAUAUAGUACAAAAUAACGGCGGGGGGAACAAUAACGAUACGACGACGACAUCGAGGUGGUCCUCGUCGAAGUCAGACUCUUACCUCCCACCUCCCUCGAUGAAUGCCAUGAUGGCGGGGGAGUAUUUGAACUACCUGGAUCUCUCCGUGCAAAAUCCGGAGAAGUCCCGUGAGGCGGUGCACACGAUCCUCCACGCCCCCUACGACUGGCGGCACCAUGCGAACCAGCGGCUGCUGUGCGACGUCGCCGUGAUAUCAAAUGUAAAAAUGUCUGGGUCUGGAAACUUGUGAUGCUGCGUUGGGACUAGGGAAUGCUCUGUCAUGCACAGUCAAGCAUGAGAAAUAUCUGCGCUUCUUUGUGUUGCGUUUUUCGCAUGACAAACUGCGUUUUUGCAUGACAGGCAAAAUCGUCUCUUCUAGGACACGCAUCACAAACUUUUUGGUCAUCCCAGACAAGCAUGACAAAUCUCGUAGUCUUCCAGACCCAGACAUUUUUGCAUUUGAUACGUGAGUCUGAAGGACAACUUUGAGAAUGACAAAGCCACCGCGGCGAAGUUGAUCAGCUACGUCCGCAAACGCUCGCCGGUGCACUGGUGUUUGAGCAACAACGUGUACCUGGCAACCGACCAGCACGACCGCGAGGUUACGGACCGCGUCAAGUUCGAAACGGUUUUGCGCUCGGCGUUCCCACAAGUCGCAGCGGUGGUGGAGCCGCUGCUGGUGCGGAUGAACUGGAAGCAAGAAGAUCCGUACGCGAGUUACGUCGGGGACGUGUUCGCGGAUUUUCAACCGUUGAUGAACAUCCCGCUGAAGGGGUACGGGGUCAAGACGGAAGCGGAUUUGGGCAGGUGGUGUUGAAGAGUUUUAGUGUGGAGUUGGUGUGGAAUUGAUGUGUUUUUUGGAUGGAAAGGUGGUGGACCGUAUGAAAUGAUCGUUGACAUUGUCGUGGAAUGCGUUUCGAGAAGGCGGCUCUAGUGACUUGGCUGUUAGCGAGUAGUUGUGAUCAUGCUCGUUCAUUAUAGGUGGCACUACCUUGGUACUUACUAAGAAGUGAAAGAAUGUAGCGCGCAUCGAACAAGAUGCCGGGAUGUUUGCUAUUUCGCGAAAUAAGUAUUAAAAUUUCAAAAGCCCUAGAGCUAG